AUGGAUCAAUGGCUGAGUCGAGCUGGUUCAUCCAGAAACAACAGCACAGGUGAUACUGCUGAAUCAGGAGAACCCGUUCUCAAGAAAAUGAAAACAGAGAAGGUGAAGAAUCCGUCUGGUACGUUCGCUUUGCAGUUGGACGAAUCAACGGAUGUCAGUGGGGAAGCACAACUGAUUGCGUUUGUGCGUUACAAAGACACUUUGGAGAUGAACGAGCACAUUCUGUUUUGCAAGAAACUCACGGGGAGAACUACCGGACAGGACCUGGAUUGGAAAUCCUGCUCUCAUGUGUGCACAGACGGCGCUGCGGCGAUGACCGGCAGAGUAAAUGGAUUAAUGGCCCACAUAAAAAAGGUAAACCCUGACGUUACAUGGACGCACUGCAUGAUUCACCGAGAAGCAUUAGCUAGCAAGAGAAUGAGUCCAGAGUUAAAUGAUGUUUUGAAUGAUGCCGUAAAAUUGAUCAACUUCAUACAGUCCAGGCCUUUGAAUCAUAGACUGUUUCAGUCACUUUGUGAAGACGGUGGGUCAGAACAUAAACAGCUCCUGCUUCACACUGACGUCCGCUGGUUAUCCCGAGGGAAGACGUUACAGCGGCUGUUCGAGCUACGCAAUGAAGUGAGGGCAUUUCUGUCGGAGCACACACACCCACUUGUGGCUAUGUUCGACGACGCUGACUGGGUAGCUCGGCUGGGAUACCUCUCUGAUAUUUUCAGCAAACUCAACCAGCUGAAUCUCUCUCUUCAAGGUAAAGACACAAAUGUUCUUAGCUUGUAUGACAAAGUGUGUGGAUUCAUGGAGAAGCUC